GUGACGUCACUGGGAGAACCCGGAAGAAGCAGGCAGAGAAGUGCUGUCGGGGAGCUGCGCUUGGCGAACUGCAGCAUCAGGACACUGUGUUUGUGUUUUACAAGCUAGCGUAUUCACUCUGAUGCCUAGCAAAACUACUCACAGCACCUACUGUUGCAACGGGUCUGCCGGAGAUUUUCAGCUGCCAGCGCGGAGUUUCUCGCCUGUGGGAACAUGUCCUCCUGGAGGGAAGGGUCCUGGUCCCAUGUCGUGGUCCCCGUCAUGACUCUGCUCCUCAUGCAGGCUGUUGUUUCAGUCCAUGCUAAGAGCUUUGAGGACGUGCGCUGCAAGUGCAUCUGCCCUCCGUACAGAAACAUCACCGGCCACAUCUACAACAGAAAUGUGUCCCAGAAGGAUUGCACUUGCCUCCAUGUGGUGGAGCCCAUGCCCGUGCCUGGCCAUGAUGUGGAGGCUUACUGUCUGCUGUGUGAGUGCAAAUACGAGGAGCGAAGCAGCAACACCAUCAAGGUGACCAUCAUCAUCUACCUGUCUGUGGUGGGCGCCCUGCUGCUCUACAUGCUGUUCCUGCUACUUGUGGAUCCCCUCAUCCGCAAACAUGACCCCUACACCCAGCCACUGCACAACGAGGAAGACUCUGAGGAGAUGCGUCCGCAGGUGGACAGCGGGCAGGGCAGGGGGAACACUGUGCUGGAGCGGGUCGAGGGGGCACAGCAGCGCUGGAAGAAGCAGGUGCAGGAGCAGCGCAAGACUGUGUUUGACCGCCACAAGAUGCUUAGUUAAACCCCGAGGCUGCUCUCAGACCGCGGCUAGCGUAGGCGAUUUCCACGGGCUCAGCGCUAUUCCACUGUCACCAGCUGCUUUAUUACUAAUCCCUGUCUCAUUUCAACGCGCUGCACACUCUGAAUUGCGAUUUUUACCUCAUAGAGGAGCAUUUAGAAAUACUGAUCUCACAAGAGUAGAUAGUUUUAAUUUAUUUAAGCGUAAUAUUCUAGAUUAAGUUGUGGUAUAGAACUGUGAGCCUGCAAAAUCUCACUGAAUUCAUCGUUCAAUCAUUUCAGCAAAAUUGAGAGUUAAAGCUUUUUCUGCAAACAAUGCAAUAGGUUGGAAUGCUUCUAUGUAAUGCUGGCACUUUUUUGACCAUUUAAGCAUCACUAUGAUCAGCCUUUAAGCUUUCUUAUGAUUUUGACGAUAAUUAUGAUUUUGUUGUUUUACGUACUUGCCAAAAUAAUUAAUCACCAAGCAGUUUCUCUUGUAGCACUGGAUACUCACUGGAUAAGGUAACAGUGACAGUGCCCUACUUAUGCUAUUGCAAAGCAAUGCACUUUGCCUAAUUUUAACACUAUAUAUAAUUAUUUAUUUGGCCUAUUUUGCGGCGCAGAGUGACUAAGUCAGAUUCAGUAAAUACUAAUAAAAGGACUGUUCAUUUCUUAGCUGUGACUUGGGAUUGUGACUUUAUAGCUUUGACAUUGGUACCUUUUAAGAUAGCCACAACAUGUGCCUUUUUCUCUUUCUCUGUUUCUCUGGGAGAGGAUUCAUUGCACCAGUUGCAAAAUCUGGCAGUGUCAUGUUGCCGUGCUUAUCCAUAAAUUUACACACUUUGCAAAACACACUGGUAGGGUCCACCAGUAUAUUUGACGUACAUGAUCAACAACGAAGCAGUUACGUUGUUAUAAAUUAAACUUAGAGUGCAGAAUUCACUGGUGGAGUCUAACGAUUUGGAAGAGUUUGAGUUCUGUGAGAUAGUUGAAAGAGUUAACUUUAAUUUACUUGAUUGAUUUUAAUUGAUUGAUCUGAUUGAUAAUUGUUUAAUUAUGUGCCAUGUGCCGUCCCCAGCCCACUUACGCAGGCUUAUAUGACACAGUAUUUAUCAUAUAUAGUGAAAAAUCAAACAGAAAAUGCACAACAUAUACAAAGUUGUAGUCUGUAGAAUUACAUGCACACUUGAUAUGGGAGUCACAUCUGCAUUAAGUCAACUAGUUUCAUUUGGAAUCCUUGGGCUUCUCUUAUUUUAAUCAAUAAAAACACAAAUUCCACCAAGUUUUUUUUUUUUUUUUUUUGUGAAUAAAACCUAUGCGCUAGAUUUUGCAGUGGGGUUUGAUAGGAUACACUCCCCCAUACAAAGAGAGAACCAGAGAACAGGGCAUAUCACAGCUACCUUUAAACAGAGCUUUACAGCGUUUCUCAGAUGAAUUAAAUUAGUGAACUACGUCGGUAAUGUGGUUUCGUGUGGCAGCGCUUAACCGCAUCCUGAUAGGUUGCACAUGACAAACUGAUGCACAUGAUGCGUCAUUGUGUCAUGUGCAUUAUUGUGUGCCAUUGGAUUCUCUCUCACGUUUCACUACUGAAGCUCUCUGUUGGGAAAUUUUCAAUAAAUCACAGAAGGGCACGCUGUGAGGGAAGGCAUUACCUCACGUAGGAUGACCACUGGUGAACUGUAUUUAUGAAGGUUUGUUUUGAUCGCUGAAGUGUUUGCAUAAUUUAUUUGAAACAUAAUUUCAUAUCACUUAUGUAUUUUGAUGUUGUAAGAUUUUUUUUUUUCAAUCAAUGUUGUGUAUUUAUAGCCAUUCCUGUCUGACUGGAAUGGUGCACUGAAUGUUUUGUUUAUGUCUAUACAUUGUGCUUGGUGUAAAAUAAAAAAAAAUAUUCUGGUUGAG